GCGGAGGGACGCCGUGAGCCGCCGCCACAGCCGUCGCCUCGGGCCGCGGAGGGACGUGGUGAGCUGCGGCGCUUCCGCGUCAGCGCCGGCGGGGAAUCUUUGGGAGCGCGUCGGGCCCGAACCCCGGUCCCUUCUCGCGGUCCGCCGAGGCUGCGCCAGGUGGGGCCCGAAGCCGCCUCCCACGCCAGGCUGUCCCCGCGGCCGUCCGGCCUGCCUUCCUUCCGCCCGCCCGUCGGCCCGCCCUAGGAGUUCACCAAGCCGCAAUGAAGAGCUUCUUACAGUGAAAGGAAAGUAGGUCGCGCCCACUGAAAAUGCCUUUAAGGGACAAAUACUGUCAGACUGACCACCAUCAUCACGGAUGCUGUGAACCAGUUUAUGUCCUGGAACCUGGAGAUGCUCCUUUGUUACAGCAACCACUACAGACAUCCAAAUCUGGUAUUCAGCAAAUAAUUGAGUGCUUUCGAUCAGGAACUAAGCAACUUAAGCAUAUUUUAUUAAAAGAUGUGGACACUAUUUUUGAAUGUAAAUUAUGCCGCAGUCUCUUCAGAGGAUUACCAAAUUUAAUUACCCAUAAAAAAUUCUACUGCCCCCCAAGUCUCCAGAUGGAUGACAACCUUCCUGAUGUAAAUGAUAAACAAAGCCAAGCCAUAAAUGAUCUCCUAGAAGCCAUAUAUCCAAGUGUGGACAAGCGAGAAUACAUUAUUAAGCUAGAACCCAUAGAAACUAAUCAGAAUGCAGUGUUUCAAUAUAUUUCAAGGACUGAUAAUCCUACUGAAGUCACAGAGUCAAGCAGUACUCCUGAACACCCUGAAGUUCAAAUACAGGAAACUAACACUGAACAGUCUAAAACAGUUCCAGUUACAGAUACAGAGGUGGAAACUGUAGAGCCCCCUACUGUUGAAAUCGUUGCAGAGGAAGUUGCACCUGCAUCUGAUGAACAACUGCAGGAAUCACAGGCUGACUUGGAAACUUCUGACAAUUCUGAUUUUGGUCACCAGUUGAUAUGCUGUCUUUGUAGAAAAGAAUUCAAUUCCAGACGCGGUGUUCGUCGUCACAUUCGAAAAGUACACAAGAAAAAAAUGGAAGAACUAAAAAAGUACAUUGAAACACGAAAGAAUCCAAACCAGUCCUCUAAAGGACGCAGUAAGAAUGUUCUAGUUCCUUUAAGUAGGAGUUGUCCAGUAUGUUGUAAAUCAUUUGCUACAAAAGCGAAUGUAAGGAGGCAUUUUGAUGAAGUUCAUAGAGGACUAAGGAGGGAUUCAAUUACUCCUGAUAUAGCAACAAAGCCUGGGCAACCUUUGUUCCUGGAUUCUGUUUCUCCUAAAAAAUCUUUUAAGGCUCGAAAACAAAAGUCGUCUUCAAAGGCUGAAUACAAUUUAACUGCAUGCAAAUGCCUCCUUUGCAAGAGGAAAUAUAGUUCACAAAUAAUGCUUAAAAGACAUAUGCAAAUUGUCCACAAGAUAACUCUUUCUGGAACAAACUCUAAAAGAGAAAAAGGCCCCAAUAAUACUGCCAACAGUUCAGAAAUAAAAGUUAAAGUUGAACCAGCAGAUUCUGUAGAAUCUUCACCCCCUUCCAUUAUCCAUUCUCCACAGAAUGAAUUAAAGGGAACAAAUCAUUCAAAUGAAAAAAAGAACGCACCGGCAGCACAGAAAAAUAAAGUUAAACAAGACUCUGAAAGCCCUAAAUCAACUAGUCCGUCUGCUGCAGGUGGCCAGCAAAAAACCAGGAAACCAAAACUUUCAGCUGGCUUUGACUUUAAGCAACUUUACUGUAAACUUUGUAAACGUCAGUUUACUUCCAAACAGAACUUGACUAAACACAUUGAAUUGCACACAGAUGGGAAUAAUAUUUAUGUUAAAUUCUACAAGUGUCCUCUUUGCACUUAUGAAACUCGUCGGAAGCGCGAUGUGAUACGACAUAUAACUGUGGUUCAUAAAAAGUCAUCCCGUUAUCUUGGGAAAAUAACAGCCAGUUUAGAGAUCAGAGCUAUAAAAAAGCCCAUUGAUUUUGUUCUAAAUAAAGUGGCAAAAAGAGGCCCUUCAAGAGACGAAGCAAAACAUAGUGAUUCAAAACAUGAUGGCACUUCUAACUCUCCUAGUAAAAAGUAUGAAGUAGCUGAUGUUGGUAUUGAAGUAAAAGUCACAAAAAACUUUUCUCUUCACAGAUGCAAUAAAUGUGGAAAGGCAUUUGCCAAAAAGACUUAUCUUGAACAUCAUAAGAAAACUCAUAAGGCAAAUGCUUCCAAUUCACCUGAAGGAAACAAAACCAAAGGCCGAAGUACAAGAUCUAAGGCUCUUGUCUGCCUCGGGAAGCCGUCGCCCCGCAGCGCCGCCGCCCUGCGCCCGGCAGCCCCGGGGAGCCGCUGCCCUCCCGCGGGCGCCGUCACCACGCGCCAGGCCGCCGCCAGCUGCCGCGCCAAGCUCCGCGGCGGCGCCGCCCGGGAGCGCCAGCACGCCGCCCGCGGCCUGGGGAAGCCCGCGCCCCCGUGAGCGCCGCCGCCCGGCCGCCGGCGGACACCGCCGCGCCCGGCACAGCCCAGUACCUCAAGCCUCGCCCGUCACGCCUCUCCUCCCCGCCAGACCCGCCACAUCCGCCAGAGCUCUCGAAGUCCACUCGGGCGUCGGCGAUCUCCCUGGGGUCCUCAGCCAUCGCAGACCUGCAGUCCCCGCGCGCUUUACCGAAAUCUGUCCCACGCAGCCCCUCAGGCGGACCGUGUGCCUUAGGGCCGGCGGGUGGGGAGGAAGGCCUCCCUGCUAGUCGCUGCUACUUGCUGAGCAGCACUUCCUCACCCCGUCUGCCACAACCCCGGCUUCUCUGAGAAUCUUGCCACUGGACGAUACCAUCCUCUUUUCCUCCUCCUCGUAAUUUGUCAAGUUCCUUGUGAGCUUCUUUCAUUAUUAGUUCUUCAAAAACUAGCUCCCACUUUCGUCUUCACUUCAAAUCCCAUCAUCAGCAAGCUGGCGACCCGCACUUUCUGGAGUCGUGUGACGCAUAACUGUGGUUAAACUUGAACUCCAACCUCCGGUCCAGUCCUUGUAACUUCCUCCCCAGUGACCAUUUCUUUCCUUCGGAAUCAGCCCUUGCUCCCACGUUCUUGACUGCCAUCCCAGGGCAUCCUCAACUGGGUUUGCGCUGAGGCCGGUGCGUCUCCUGGGCUACUCUUAGUCUGUGACUGAGCACACUCGGGGUAUUAGUGAGACGCCAGGACUCCUCUCAGGAGCAGCUUGGGCAUGGGGACUCCUCAGCAGCCUGGCUGAAACUUUCUUAGACCCGUGCUGCAUGCAGUCUAAGGCUCUUCUUGCCCAAUCCCCUCUUCUUUCCUAGGUGCCAGACUUGAAUUAUGAUAUGAAGACCCCGCCCUGCUCCUGAUUCCUCCCCUUUGUCCUGCACAGAUGUUCCCUCAAUAAAACUCUUCUAAGUUGAACCCUGCCUUGGUGUCUGCUUCUAGGAGGACCUGAGCUAACACAUUAUCAGACAUUCCACUCUGAUGACCAUCUUCCUAUCCUCCUGGAUCCCUUGUUCACUGACAGCUAAUUCAUUAACCUCAUUUUCCCACUUUAUCAGCUUGUGUUUUGGAUUCACUUCCUUUCUUGUCUAGCCUAGAUCCCAUGAUCCCUCACUGUUACUAUCCUCCUUGAAAUACAGUGCCCUCAGUAGUCUUGAGCCUCAAUUUCUUCCAGUUUACUUUCCUGGUAAAAUCCCCACUCCAGAUGAACCUUACCAUCUCCUUGGCCUGACUGGGACAAUUGGACAUUUUCUUUAAGAAAAAUCACACAACACGGUCAGCUAGUUUUACUUUGAAUCCAUUAUCUCAAACCUCAGAUGGGUGCUAUUGUUCCUACUGUAGUCUUAGUUUCCCACUUCUAAAAUGACUAUUUAUACCUUUUCAACUCUCCUCAAAUUUUCUGAUCCUCUCCUCCCUGUUUACUUUACAUUUCCCUUGGAAAAUAGAAGAUGUACAAACUUCAUCUUCCCAGCACAAGACCCUUCCACCCCCAACCCAGCUAGCUCGGCAACCACCAACUUCCUUUUUGUGACUAUGGAGGAAGUUGCAAAGUCCAGCCCCUCCUCUUGUGCUCUGGAUCCCAACCCUUCCUGCCUUUUCAUGGACUUUUCUCCGUAGCUUUUCCCUUUUCUUCUGCAUUAUUAAUCUGUGUCUUGAAUGGAUCAUUCUCAUCAGCCUGCAAACAUGCUCCAGUGUUCUCCAUCUUAACCAAAGCUUCCCUUGUGCACAUCUUUUCCACCUAUUAGCCAUUUCUCAGCUGUCCUUCAUAACCAGACUUCUUUAUGGAGUUAUCCUUAUAGAUUGUCUUCAUUUUCUAAUCUUCUAUUCACUUCUCAAUUCACAAUGUGACUUCCCCACCACCACUACUGAAAGUGCCCAUUUCAAAGUCACCAGGCACUUCCACAUUACCCUAUCCAAAAGGAUACUUUCCUGUCCUCACCUUGACCACUUCCUGCUUCUUUAAAGAUGAUCUCUUCAUAGCCAAGACACUAUUCUGUCCAGGUUUUCUUCCUGCUUAACUGUUCACUCCUAAUGUUAUGCUCUAUCUCCCGCCUAACUUUGAAAAGUUAAGGUUUUUCACCUCCUUUGGGUCCCUCUUUUCUUUCUAUGUGCUUUUCCCAGGAGGAUCUUUUCCAUUUUCAUGGAUUUAAGUACUGGCUUUAUGCUAAUGAGUUACAAAUUUAUGUUUUCCACUUUGACCUUUCCUCUAAGGUUUAGACUCACAUAUCUAAUUGCUUGCUUGAUAUCUUCCUUUGAAUGACUCAGAUCUUUCAAACUUAACAUGGCCAAAAUCGAAUUCCUCAUUCUCACCCCAAACCUGUUUACCACAUCUUCCCUAUUACAGUAAAAAGUACCACUAUACAACCAAUUGCUCAAGCCAGAAACCUAUGUAUCAUCCUAGAUUCCUUUCAUCUCUCCCCUACAUCAGAUAGACUGGCAUAAUAUACCCAUUUGGUCCCCCAAAUAAAUCUUUAAUCUGUCUGCUUCUUUCCAUCUUCAAUGCCAACACUUACUUCUAAUCACUAUUUUUUUCUCACCUGAUUGUUAUGACAGCCAGCCUACCUGUUUUCUCUGCUUCCACUCUUGACCCAUGACCCACUUCAAUACAUUCUUCAUAGAGUUGCAACAGUGACCUUACUCCUAAAUUGAAUUGAGUAAAUUGUUAGAUAAAAUCUAAACCCUUUACUGUGACUCACAGAGUUCUGCACAAUCUGAUUCCUACCUAUCUCUCCAAACCUAUCUAUGCUCCUCUUUUUAUUGCUCACCAUGAUGUAGCCACACUGGUUCCUCCAACAUGCCAAGAUCUGCACCUCAGGGGCUUAGUAAAUGCUGUUAUCUUUGCUUAAGCUUCUCUCCUGGGCUAUCCUCUCCCCAACCACAACCCUUUAGAUAACUUCUUAAAUACAACAUCUUAAAAAAGGCCUGCCCAGGGCAUUGUUUGCAAAUAGUCCUCACCUCUCUCCUCCUAUUUCCUAUCUCACUUUUUUGUUCCUUUGAAUUCCUUAUCUCAAUUUGUAACAUUAUUUAUUUGUUUAUUUACUUUUUAUGUCUGUGUUUCCCAUACUGGAAUGAAUGAAAGAGACUGUGUCUGGAUGUCUAGGUUCUUCCACAUUGUAUUCCUAGCCCCUAGCACAAUACCUAGCACAUAUUAGGUGAACAAUAAAUAUCUGUUAAAGGAAUAAAUGAACACAUUUGCUCAUUUUUCUGUUGGGUGUUCACUUUUUAUUAAUUUGUAAGAACUCUUUAUAUAUUAAAACCACUAACCACUAAUAAUUUGUUUAUUCCAUUUGCUGCAGAUAUUUUGCCCCUUGUCAUAUAUGUGCCAAUUUAAUUCAUGAUGUCUUUGAUAUAUAGAAAUAUUACAUUUUUUAUUUAGAUGAAUCUAUCUUUUCUUUCAUGAUUUCUACUUUUGGUGAUAUGUUUGAAAAAGUCUUCUUCCAGCUCAAUGUUAUAUGAAUAGUUGUCUAUGUUUUUUUUUUUUCUUUUAAUUUUUUUAGAUUUAAAUCUUUACACCAAAUGGAAUUUAUUUUUGAUAUAGAUGUGAUUAAGGCUCUAAAUAUUUAUUUAGUUGUUGCAUCAUCACUUAUCGAAAAAGCCCCUCUUCCACUGUUUUAAAAAUUCCACAU